AUGUUUGACAACGAUACUUACCCUUCUUCUCCUACCCAUGACCCUACCGACCGUCCUGAUAUACUGACACUCAACCAUAACCCUACUCGUCCUACUCGACCGUAUCUUCCUCUUGAUAUCUUCUUACUUAUCCGAUCUAUACUAAUCACAGACUCACAAAAAGCGACUGCCGCGAGGUUGAUGCAAUCUGCGAAAAUAUUCUACGAAAUCUUUUUACCUGUCUUACAGUACGGCCAGCUGGAAUUAAGAGGUGGGACUAGAGGAGGGAACGGAGUAUUCGAAGGACUAAUGAUGUCCGAUAGCGAUGACGAAGUUGGUCAACUCAAACUAUCACCAUUCAGUACCUACCCAUUUCCAAUUCCAUCAACACAUCAACGUAAACUAUCUUUACUCCAACAAUGUAGACAUCUGACCAUUUAUGACUUACCAUCUGCUCUUUCAAUCAUCCAAGCCCAACGAUCUGUAGGCAAAGAAGAUCCAAUUUUUCCAAAUGUCAAAAAAGUGAUAUUUGGAAGUGAACUCAUCUUAUCACUAGCUAUGGAGCUAGACAAAGAAGGGUGCGAAGAUAUACAGAACUUAUCAGAAUUUAUCAACCCCCAAAAAAUAUGUAUAUGGUAUCCCUCGCCUAUCACUCAACCUAUCAGACACUCCAGUAUAUCACCUUCAUACUCCGUAUAUCAAAAUAUGGACUACGUUCAAUUGGAUGAAAAUCGGUUUUACGAGAUUAUUCAUCAAACCUCCUCAUCCGGUGUUCCUCCAUCAUCUUCCACAGCAUUAUGCUGCGGUGAGAUUUACGAUAAAUCGAUUUCGCUAAGAUGCUUCAUAUCAUCUUUCAGACCUUCCUCUCUCACCUUACAUAAUGUCAAUAUGCAAAGUAUGAUCUACAUUCCUUCGGUCAGACAAUACAAAGUCUUUUACGCUACUUCACCUCAAGCAGGAUCGCCCAAUCGAUGUUCAAUACUCGAAGAUAUUUGGUUGGAAUCGAUGAGCCUCAAAAGAGCUGUUAGGAUCACACAGGGCUUACCGUGGAAUGUCUGGAAAGAGGAUGGGAUAGAAAGGAAAUUCAUGUUUGUUGAUGCCGAAUUAUCGGAUUAUCACGCUGAUGAAGAAGACAUAGAUAUGGAGAUGGACUCACAUUCAGAAGUGGAAGAAGGUGAGAUCCCAAUGGAUGAAGAAGAAGAAUGUGGGAAGGUGGAGAAGUUAGUGAAGGGUUUGUUGAGAUCUUCUCCGACCUGGAAUGAACAAUCUCAAGCGGGGUUAAGUUUUGUUCGCAGGGUUGCAAUAGAUAGGUGUGAUUGUUGUGGAACCAAAUAG